AGAAAUCGUUCCCCCUCUUCGAUCCCUUUCCCCUUCUCCGCGACUAACCCUUGAUGAAUGCCUCGCCAAAGAACGGAGGGAUAGCUAUACAAGGGCGAAGAUCCGAUCCUGGGCGUGAUUUGGUGCUCGUUAUCCGAAGAGCAUGAUCGCCGCCCGUUCUCUUUUGUUACAUGUAUCAGAUUCCUGCACUAGGAGGAGCAACCUAGUUGAGUACAAAGAUGGAAUAUAGUGGAAACGAAGAGCAGGGUCAGGACUAUCUGUUCAAAAUUGUUCUGAUCGGUGACUCUGCUGUUGGAAAGUCGAAUUUGCUAGCUAGAUUCGCCCGGAAUCAGUUCUUCCCAAACUCCAAGUCGACCAUAGGGGUCGAAUUCCAAACCAAAACGAUGGACAUUGAUGGGAAGGAAGUCAAAGCUCAGAUAUGGGAUACUGCCGGUCAGGAGCGCUUCAAGGCUGUUACAUCUGCAUACUAUCGGGGAGCCGUCGGAGCUCUUCUGGUGUACGAUGUGAGCAGGCAUCAGACAUUUGAUAGCGUUGGCCGAUGGUUACAAGAACUACACAUGCACUCAGACAUGAAUGUCGUGACCAUUCUGGUGGGCAACAAGACUGAUCUCAAGGAUGCAAGGGAGGUUAGUACCGCAGAGGGCAAGACCCUAGCUGAGGCUCAAGGCCUUUUCUUCAUGGAAACCUCUGCACUGGACUCCUCCAAUGUUGCAGCAGCAUUUCAGACUGUAGUGGAGGAGAUCUACCACGCAGUGAGCAGGAAGGUCUUCCUAUCUCAGGAGCAACAGAAGCAUGAGAUGCCUUCACUCACGAAUGGAAAGACUGUAGUUCUACAGGGGGAUACCAAAGAUGCAAGCGGUGGAACCAGGGAAUUCUGGUGCUGUUCAUCCUGAAGCUGUCUAUAUAAUCAUUUCUUCAAUCCAUUUUGCAGGUUGUUCUUUUUUAUACUAAUGCUGUUGUUCUUAACAUCAAACAUAUUUGUGAGUUCUUCUUCCAUCAAUUAUUAUAUAGUCAUGACAUGUUAAUGAA